AUGCAGAAUAUUGUUGCGCCUUUUGCUAUACAGAUAGGCUGGAAUUUGUCUGUGAAAAAAAUCGAUGCUUUCUUUGAAUGUCAAGAUACACGCGGAUAUAAAUUUGAUACCAAUCCAAGAGGAAAUGUAUUUAUAGUCAAAAUAGAAAAAGACGAACACGCAUCUGUUAUUGCACGGCUUCAAAAAUAUUUUGAAGUUCCCAACGGAGGUGUCACCGAUAAUCCUCUGAUAGAUGUUCUAGGUGCUUCAGACUAA